AUGUUGCACUGCAGCAUGCGCUCGCGUCAUAGUCGUUCGGACGCGGCGCUGUUUAACGCAGGUGGAUUGAUCAGAGGGUGCGACAGAGAAAAGGCCUUGUGGCAGAGCUCGAAAGACGAGAGAUGGCUUCCAACGCGGAGAUGGUCGGGCAGAGACGCAGAGAGGCCGCCUUCCUCGAGAACCACUGCGCCUUUCCCAGUUCCUCCGAGAAGCUCUCGUUUUAUGUUAAUUUGCUCGAGCCCAACAAUCUGGUUCAGCUUUUGCUAUUCGUUUUCAAAAUUUGUCGAUAAGAUGAAAUGAGAAUUGUGAAUUUCGGCAAACAAUGGUCACAACUUACACUCAAAAAGCACUUAUUGCGGUUUGUAAUCAGGAAUUUAAAAAAGAUUCCUUGCUAAAAGCUUUUUUUUUCCUAGUUUUGAAGGCGCGUUCGAUGGAGAAGCGUAGUUAAAAUGUGUUUUCAUUGGGUUUUUCGGAAUUUUUUUAAAAUUUUUUUCUUUUGAGCAUUGUUCCCUGAUUCUCAAUACUGUUGCAUAUUUCAAGAACGUCAAAAAGUUACACUAACCAUCAUCUUUUCAAUGAUAUUUAGAAAUUAAUUAUUUAAAAAGGAAGAUUUUUCAUCAAGUGGGAAUUUUCAUCAAGGAGUUUUUUUGUUUUUGUUUCAAAAUAGGAAACAUAAAGAAUUCACGAAGUCUUUAACUUUCUGAAUUUUUGCCGAUUCGAAGAAUCCAAAAAAAGAAAAUCUUCUUCCUUCAGUUGUUUUUCCGACAGAAGUUUAUUACUCCGCUCAACUAUUCGGAAGAAUAAUUUUUAUCUCGUGUUCUUAUUUGAAGAAUAUUUAAUUCAGAAUUCCUCACACGUGUACGUUAUUCUUCAUUUCUUCAAAAGGUGUUAUAUUACGAUGUUAAUAUCGACACUCAUCAUAUAACAAAAAUUGUACCGUCGACGCAGUAUCGGCAGUGAAGCUCGUUUUGAGUGGCCGUCUCCAGAAUUGUAUCUGUAUGCCCGAGGUACCUUUUGAAUACUAUCGGCUCGAGUAUUCUCGCAAUAUCAAAGGAUUUCCAGACGUUGUCGAGUGGAGGGCGACCCCCAGUGCCGCCGAUGAACGGCACUGCCGCAAGUAUCGAGAAAAAACGCGCCGCUCGGCGAGCCAUCAAAAAAGUCGACGAACUUCAUCCACCUGCAGAUUCUCUCCAUGGGUGAGCACUCAUUCUUACACUUAUUUCUUAAUUUUUUUCUUUUUUUUUAUUAUUGAAUUAUCUUUUUUGAAUGAUGAAAGGGAAAUAGAUUGAAAACUUGCUAGUGAUUCCAAAUUUUUCAAAGAAGAAGAAUAAGCAAAAAAUUCAAUUCACUUGAUUUAUAAGCGACCGAUCAAGUCGAAUCAACGUAUCUAUAUUGAGAAAUUCUUAAAAUUUGAACGAAAGUGAAGUAAAAAAAAAUUUUAAAGCAGGAAAAUGUUUCAAGAGAAAUUUUCGCCGAUCAUUAAAGGCUCAGUAAAAAAAAAACUCACUUCUGACCAAAUAAGGAACCUGUAGACGUAUUCAAUGGUGGACUUUUGUUUUUCGGGUGUUUUUUGGAGUUUGGGAGGAAAAAAUAGACGAGGUGAAAUAACAGCAGAGGACUCUUUGGCAGGAGAGAAUCAUGUGCCAGUGAUUAUUCGGCGUACAGUUCCGUUAAUCCCCAUUUGCAUUCCGAAUUUGACUGGUUGGGAAUAACUGAGCGAGACUCGACUGUUUUAUUUUUGUAUAUCAGAACUAUUUUUAUUCGUUUCGUUGAAAUAUUGUGGUUUCUGGUAAGAUCAGACGACAGAACUGGAUUUCCCAGUGACCAGCGAGUUGCUCCUCGCAGCUCGGGCUUUUCAGCCUCGCUCUGACAGAAAAAGGCUAGUUGGGUUGCUCCACGUUACUUCUAUCAUUUAAGGGAAUAAAGUCUAAAUCUAUUUGUCUCGUAUUUUUUCUUCCAAUUUGGAGAUUUAGACUAGGACAACACUGGCUUUCCGGGGAAGAACGGUCUCGCCUCGAGGCUGUCCAGCGGGAUUGGCGGCAAAGCAGGCCCACCAACAAGAACAGAGUACGUUUUUCUCAUUCCAUUUGCUAUUUUCUCUCAAAUUUUAACGGUGAAACAUAUAUCUUCAAAAUAAGGCUCUUACUUAUCCUACUCUAUCACUUUAUAAAAAUGUAAUGAAAUCCUCUUUUUUCAUGAAAUACUGACUCAUUAUAGUUCCAAAAGGCUGAAAUUCCGUUUAAGAUACCACUUUCAUUCUGAAUUUUUGCAGUGGAGUAUCAGAACUCGUCGUGUGGAUGACGAGACGCCGAGCCAAACUUCAGACAACUCUUCCGAGCCGGAGAACGCCAGCGACGCCCUCGCCAAAUGGAAGCUGAUAAGCGGUCCGACUCUCUCGACUGCGGCAGUCCAUCCGCCGGCGGCGAGCAUCUUCGAUCGCAGCCGGUAUGACUUUCCGUGUCGCUGGAUAUUGGGUCGCGUCACAGACUGACGAGCAAACCGACGCCGCAGCCAGGAGACUUGGCGGCGGCCGAGCGGGAGAAAGAACGCGAACGGCUCGCCGGCGGCAACGAACAGGCCAACGACGUCGAGAAGAUCAGCGACGAGGAGAAGGCGCGCAAGGAGCAGGAGAAGCGCGAAGAGGUCUGUUGAGUCUUAUUUCCAAUGCAAAACUACAUAUCCAUGGAAUUUUUGUGUUCUAUAGUCUUUUCGAUAUUCUUUUUAUUUUCUUAUGACCGUCUGUGAGUUUUGAAAACCCAAAAAAAAAUCUGGCGUUUAGGAAGAGAAAGCGGCUCGUCGAAUUGACAUCGAAGACGACUAUGACGCACAGGAAAAACCCAUCGAUAAAAGCAAAAGUUUGUUUUGAAAAAUAAAAGAAAAAAAGAUGAGUCUUUUAAGAUGGGCGGUUUCUGAAGUUCGAUGAAGAACUUGGUCGAGGAUCUUUCAAGACUGUUUUCCGUGGACUGGACACCGAAACAGGAGUGGCGGUCGCUUGGUGCGAGCUUCAGGAGAGCAAACUAAACAAGGUAUCUUCGAGAAUAUCUUGAGAAACUUUGUAUUUCUUGUUUCAGGCCGAGCGACAACGUUUCAGAGAAGAGGCCGAAAUGUUGAAAGACCUACAACAUCCCAACAUUGUCAGAUUCUACGAUUACUGGGAAAGUGCAGAUAUUUCCGGCAAAAGAAAGUUAGUUUUCCUGCUUUCGGAUUUCCACUGAGGUAGUAAUAUAUGGGGCUGGAGUUUAAUAUAAUGUUUUGUACCCUUUAAAAAAUUCGUAGAGGGUCCUGAUUUUUUUCGCAGACCUUUUUUCAAACUUUUUUUUAAACUUAUAAGGCAGUUAUAACAAUGAAAAUACCAGCGCGAAAAGUGGACAUAUCUUUAUCGAAAAAUUCCGUGGAAAAUGUUGGAAUUUGAGGUACAUUGUGCUAGUAACGGAACUGAUGACGUCGGGAACGCUGAAGAUGUACCUGAAGCGAUUCAAAAGGAUCAACAUCAAGGUGCUCAAAUCGUGGUGUCGACAGAUCCUGAAAGGGCUGUCGUUCCUGCAUUCCCGGAAUCCCCCGGUGAUUCAUCGGGACCUCAAAUGCGACAACAUCUUUAUCACGGGAACCACCGGCAGCGUCAAAAUCGGCGACCUCGGCCUCGCCACUCUCAAAAACAAGUCUUUCGCCAAAAGUGUCAUCGGUUAGAGUUUUUUUAUGUUUGGCAACACUCCGGAAACUUUAGAAAACAAAAAUGAUGCUCUGACCAUUUUUUGUCUAUAGCUUGCUCUUGACGGGAACAAUAAAAAAGAAAGAAAGCAAAAAACGUUUUCAGGCAUGGAAAAAGUUAUAAAAAAUUUGAAAACUAUUUUGUUUAGAUUAGAACAAAAACGAGAAAAAGUUAGCAGUGUGAAAUUAUUUUUGCCACUAGCUCGCUUCGUUUGGAAAAAAAAGACGUAGGAGACUCUUUCAUUUCACCGUUUUUUUGACCAAACUUUCCCAUUAUUUUUCCACAUGUUUCUGAAAACGGAAACGGAAAAAAGAGAAUCAUAUGGAGUGACAGGGAUUAAUAUGAAAAAGACGGAGAAAUACACGAAAAAUUGUCCAAUGUUAAAAAAAGUCAUAUUUCUUCAAAGCUAACUUUUCAACCUUUUACUAGUGAUGUGGACCAUUAAAAAUUAAUAUUAAGAGCUUGAAAAAAAUUUCUCUUUUUUUCAGGAACUCCGGAGUUCAUGGCUCCAGAAAUGUACGAGGAACAGUACGACGAGUCUGUGGACGUCUACGCCUUCGGGAUGUGUCUUCUAGAGAUGGUAACUGGGGAAUAUCCCUACUCGGAAUGCCAGUUCCCUGCUCAAAUUUAUCGAAAAGUGACAACGGUCAGAAAUACAUCUGAAAUUGAGAAUAUUCUGUUUUUUUUCCAGGGUGUCAAACCAGAAUGUUUCAAUAGAAUUCCACAGCAAUACCCGGAAAUCAAAGAGAUUAUUGAUAGGUGUAUACGGUAACUCUUGAGAUUAAAGGCUGGAAUGAUUUUUGCAUUGUUGAGAUUGCGACGGGACGAGCGCAGUACUGUCAAACAGUUACUGGCCGACGAUUUUUUCACUCCUGAGGAGUUGGUUGGCAUUCGGGUGGAAAUCAAGAAUCGAGACGUCGAUUUGUCUGACAUGAACGUCGAGGUCUUCAGUCUUUAUUCUUUUUCCUUCUACCCGAUCUUCUUUCAGAUUCAAAUGCAACUACGGGUUUAUGACGAGAAAAAAAGAAAGCAAUAUCGGUUCAAAGAGAACGAAGGAUUGCAAUUCGCCUUCGACAUUGAGAACGACACCGCCGAGGAGGUUCUCUUCUUUUUUUCUUCUAGUAACAUUAGAAUAGCGCUGUUCAAGUUCUUUAGACUAAAGAAUGAAGGUUGUAUGAAAAGAAAUACCCAACUUAUUUCUAAAAAGUCAGAAUCGAAUACAUUUUUUUCAAUGAUUAUGUGGUUUGAAUCUCUGGAAUUUCGAAAUUUCAUCAAACUAUUGAACGAAAUCAACUCAAACAAAAAAAGGUUUUUCUUGACUUUUAUUCAUUCUUGUUUGCAGGUGGUCCAGCAGAUGAUUGAACAGCAACACAUUCCCGAUGAGGACACGAAGAUGAUCACGAAACUCAUCAAAGACAAGGUGGAGGCGUUCAAGAGAGACCGAGAGUUCCGGCAGUUGGAAAUCAAGCGGCAGAAGGAAGAGGAAGACCGAUUGCGAGAGGAGCAGGAAAUUAAAGAAGAACUGAAGGCCCGCGCCGAACUCAAGGAGAAAGUCAGACUGGAGAAGGUCAAUCUCGAGGUAGGGAGGUCUCAAAUCCAGAAAUAAUUCAUUUUUGAAAGGGUGGCUCUUUCAAAAAGCGAGUUGAAAAACUUGAUUUAUUCAAAAAAAUUUAUCUAGAGACUCUCGCAUAAUUUUUCGAUUUCAUUAUCUUUUUUUCAUCAUCUAGGUUCGAAUUUCAACGUUUUCUCCGUUGCAGCAUUUUUGAAUAUAGUAGGUUCAAAGUUUUUUAAAAUGUUACAUGAGUUUCUUGAACAAGUGGGAAAGGAAAUAUGAAGAUUGGAUUGUCUGAAAACGUCUCCUGGAGCGAAGCAGGCCAGUCAGAGUACUUAGGAUUGAAGCACUAGUGAAAUCCUUGAGACAAUUUCCAAGCUUCAUUAUUUCAGAAUGCCGCCUCGACUGCUUCUCUGACUACUCCAGCGACCACUUCAACAGUAACCUUGCAAACUCCGCCCACCGUUCCCUCGGUCUCGACCGCUCCUGACCUGACUACAGUCUCUCCGGCCUCAAGUACCACCACCACGAUCGUCGAACAGCCGCCUUCGAUCUCUGUCACUGUGAAUGAACCGACACCUGUGGCUCCGGUCUCUUUGGCCUCAGCUCCAAGUUCUGACUCCGGUGUUCAGGUCGCACCUGUCGUACACGAAAAAGUUGAGGAGACCCCUGUGUCCCAAAAGACUAGCUCUCCAGUUGCGACAGCGACUGCUAGUCUUGCUGAAACCGUUCCUGCGACAUCUGCUGCGGCUGCUCCUGCGAGUGUUGCUGCGAAUGUUGCUGUGCCGACGCCGCCUCCGGCUCCUGAAAAGCCGUUGGACAUAACCUCGCCGACGUCGUUCGCUGACUGUGUUCCGCGGAGUCUGUCCACUGAAACGGGCGGUGGUCUGAGCGUCACGCCAACAAAUGGACCGCAUUCUUCGAAUUCGAUAACGGAUGAAAAAAAGAAGGCCAAAAAACGAAUAGUCCUCGAGGUUCUCAACGUCGACAUCUCCAACCCACCUAUGGUCCGUCGUCUUGCUCUUUUUAUAUUUUUCUAUUUUUCCAAUAGAAUCAAUUUUCAGUUGGUUUCUUGCAAACUCGACACUGCUCACAAAACGGUGACAUUCCAAUUUGCCCCAGAUUCCGACAAACCUUCCAUCAUUUCCGAUAAACUGGUAUGUUUUUUUUUUCCAGAAAAGGGUUUUUUAACGAAUACAUUUCAGUUGGCGGAGGGAUGCCUCGCUUCUUCACACACUGGCAUCGUCGAAGACCAACUGGACUUUGUUAUUAAGGUGAGUCGAUAAAGAAACCUUGAGAAGAAAAAAUAAAAAAGCAUUAAAGUUAAAGGUGAUCAUGAGUGAUUUAUCAAAGGGAACUUAAUUCAACUAAAAAGUCUGAGGUUUGCAGGUCGUGAAGGCAAAAAGUCCAGCCGAAAUAAUUUCGAUGAGAUUGACGACACUGGUGGACGUGCCGAACCCGACGAUGGUCGUCUCGUUUCCUUCUUCUUCGCCUCAAACUCCUCUUCCGUCCGACGUUCCUCUGCACGUCUCCACCAGUGAUUCUCAGCGCAAUGUUGGUUUCUAUUUCAGGCUGUUGUACUCCAUUGAAUCAAAAAUGCGUCAGAAAGGAUAAGAAAAAACGAGUUUUUGAUCCCAAACUUCCUUUUUUCUGACGCAACUAUAGCUUUUACACAAUGUAUAAUUUCCAGAGCCCUUUCGCGUCGCCAAUAAAACAGACAACGGUGCGUACGACUUCUCCAAAGCCAUCCAACGAUCUGGUAAACAUUUUAAUCGAUAAUUAUUCUUCAGUUUUUUAUAUUUUUUCCCCAUUUUUCUCUUGUUAUUCACGGUCAAAAAAACCCGUUAAGAGGCUCUUUUUGAAAAAUUAGCUCUAUAAACUGAAUAAUUAAGCUAUUUUGUGAGUUUUUUCUUUUACCUUUUCACCACACCUGUCAAAGAAAAAACCGGAGUUGAAACGGAGAAUAUAGAUUAGAGCGAACCCUGAGAUCAUGCGAUAAAAUUUACCAGCGACUUUACCAGAUACUUUCAGAAACCGCCUCCAUCUUUGCCUCCAUCCGUGCCUCCGAUAACCGUGAAAGUAGAGUCGGCGACUCCUGCAGCUCCUUCGACGCCGGUUGUUCCGCCUCCGACGGCUCCCGCAGCCAAACCUUCGCGAUUUCAGGUUCGUUUCCGGACUUCCAUGUUGACUAAUCCUUCAAAAAAAUUCUUUUUUCUGCAGGUCACCCCAUCGUCGGAGGUCCUAGCGACGAAUGUGGCGCCGACGCUGCCGCCGGCGCCCCUGGCCGAUCCGGCUCAUCCAGCGAACCAUCUGACGACGCCGUCGCCUGUCGCCAACUCUCUCUCGAGCUGCAGUUCUCCCUCCGCCACCACGCACUCCAAUACGUCGUCGGUGAACAGCACGGCGAGUGUUGGCCGUCGUUUCAAGGUAUCUCGUCUCUUUAUAUAACACGAAGCUCAUCAGUUACGUCAUUCAUCUUUUUUAGAAACUCCCUUCAAAAACUUUGUUCUCCAAUUUCAGUUUUUUCGUUCAAAUGAGGAGGGCGUUAACUGAGAAAAAGAGUUAACAAUCUUCGAUUUUUAGAAUUUUAUUUUUGUUAUAUUCGUUGUUCUUCUUAGGGAAAAGUCAGUAUUUUCAGAAGUAUACGUUGUUCAAGUUCAUAGCCUUUUUUAUUAACUGGACCGUUUUGUAAACACCCCUCGAAAACAUUGUAAAAAAAAAUCCUCACCAAAUGCGUGAAAAAAAUUUUAAUCUCCAAAAUUCAAAAAAAGAGUGAAUAAAACGGGAAAAAACGACGAUCUCAGGUGCAACCGGUGGCGUUGUCUCAAGCCGAGUCGGGCAUCGCGUCUUCUAUCACGACUCCUCUUCCCGAGAACGACACGGCCACCACCUCGACUCCCAUGGAAUCCUCUUCCACCGUCCUCAACAGCAAAUCCGGCUCGAUUCCUCAUUCUCAGGUUCUCCAACUUGAAUCGAUGCAAGUCCCCAACUUUUCAUUAUCAGAUGAUAAAUUCCAUUCCAACGACAACGCAUGCUGCUCCAUCAGAGUAUACGAUUUCGACUGAGGAUCCUCUAAUACAACUGGAGUCUGAACUGAGAAAAGUGCGUCGAAGUUUGAAGCAUUUUUUUGUAUGUCAUAACACCCAGUUAUAGUUUUUUCAUCCCUUUUUUUCUUCUGGUUUUUUUCAAUCUUUAUGAAAUUCGAGUUACCCCAAAAAAUGUGCCUAUUUUGAAUUUUAUUUUGAAUUUACCAGUUUUGAACUUAAAAAAAGGGUUUCAUUAAAAAAAUGGUAUUAAUAAAUGAGACUAGGAUAACCAUUAUCAUACUCAGAAUUUUUGAAAAUUUCUUUGUUCUUUGAGAUAACACUUUUCUAUGGACCGGUACUAGUCUUAUUUUGGUUUAUUUUUGCGACCGGAUUAUAUUAGUAAUUUUUUUUGCAGCAGUAUUAUUCGAUGUAUUAUCAAUGUUUUUUUAUGAGUUUAUUAAGCAAAAAUUAAGGUGAGCGGUGUUUCGACGGCAUCUGUAGAGGCGGCUUCUCUUCCGGCGGUUUCUGCGGCAUCUAUUCUCGGCUCUUCUUCAACAGCGCCUCACACAGCCCCUGCUGCCGUCGUUCCUCAUCCUGUCGUUGCGGUUUCGCCAAACUCAGUCUCCUUGUACCUUUCUUUUUGUUCAGGCUGUCAGUUCUAGACAACAGUCGAGCAACUCUCAAACUCCCCAUUUGAGCUUUGUUGAAGGCUCUUUAGCAGGUUUUAUUUGUCCGAAAUUUUUCAGAUAGUACAAAAAUGUGUUUUGAGGGCUCCAUGAGAAACUGGAAGCUUUGCAACAAGCCAGAGAAGCUCAAGUCAACACAGUUUCGAGUUUGAAUGAGGACAGCAAAGGAAUCGAGGAGCCUAUACCCAUCGACACUCUUCCCGGGCUUGCCAAGGCUCUCGAAAAGGUUAGAUUAUCAGAAACUGAUACUCGAAACUCUCGUUUCAAGGUUAUCAACAAGGAUGUCAGAGAGCCUACGCCACUUCCUGUGGAUCUAGUCGUGCAAGAACAAAAGCCUGUGGAAGGGCUCUCGGUAAAUUGUUUUUCAUCUAAGUUGGAGGCAGAAUGUGUGAAAUGGAAUGAACGGUUUUUCAAAGUAAGGAAAAUAGUUGAAAAAGAAAUUUUCUCAUUUUGAAAGCUUUCAUAUAACCUCCAUUAGCAGUGAAUUUCAAAUAGCCCCAUAAAAAAAAUCCUUGGAGAGUGUUUCAAAUUUUUAUAUGAUGUUUUUUUGAGGCUAUCAUAUUCAUUCUCAUACAAAAAAAUAUUCUCUAUCACGAAUUUCGCGUGGAUUUCAGUUUCUUUCCCCCAUUUGAAAAACCGUUCCUCUCUUUCAUGCAUACGCCUUCGUUUUACCGCUUCACCGCUUCAACUUUUUGUUGUGAUCCUUGAACACGGCAUAUGAGCAUGUGAUUGUACGAUCUACGUUGUAUUGUGCCUUCAUAGCCAAAACCAGCGAUACUGCAAAGUCUAGAAAAGCUAACGGCCCCAAACACAAUGGAUUUGUAUUAGAUGCCGCCGCAAGUGAUGUCGUCGCCGUCGCUGGCCGAAGAAGACGUCGCGGAGAGCGAUGCGCACUCGAUGACGUCAUCGCGGACGGGUCCAGAGCUGGUGUCGAGGCUGACGCGCAAGUCGACGGCCAGCAACCUGGCCACCUUUGAGAAUCUCGAGACGGCGUUGUCGUCGACCCUCGGGACGUGUCUUCGGGGCGGAGCCAACGCGCCGCCGUCCCGAGACGAGGCCGUCACAGUCGCCUCGUUCAGCAUCGGAACGCCUCCAGCCGUCAGUCCCCUCCCGUCGGAAUGCGAAUUUGAUUUCAAGGUGCUCCUUCAGUCUCAGGUUGGCUGGCCCAUCUAACCGUGGCUCAGCUUUCCUCGAGUCAUUCACCUCCUUCCCCUUCUCAUUUAGUCGCUUCUUAGUUUGUGAUGAAGUAGAGUAUUUUGUUGUUGUUGUCUGGCUUUUUAAAAGUCGUAAAGGUUUUUUUUUCUCUAUUUGGAUUUGUUCAGGACCAGAUGGACAUGGAAGAUGAGGAUCCCGAGGUGUUUGAACUACUGAAAAGGUGAGUCAGACCAUGAAUUCAACUAGUUUUUUUCCUUCAUGAAUCAGUGACAAGAUAGAAGUCGAAGAUUUCUAUUUGGUUCACAUGCUACGAAUUCUUAUAUUUUCAUCGAGUGCUUCUAAAAUGUGUUCUAGCCAAAGGGAGUGAAAUUAUAUCAUUUUUAAGAAUUAUGUUGAUAUUAUGAUCGAACUCCAAACGGUCAAGUUUUUCAUUUUUUGAAAAGUUCAAGGUUUUGAAAUUUCAAAACUCAUCUAAUUCCAUCUUCUUUUUUACCUGUAAGACUGUCUUUUAAAGUUCCUUCAAGUCUGAAAACUGUCUGCGAAAAGCAAGAAAGAAGUUUUAUUGGACUUUUAAAAAAAUUGUCUUCUCUCAAAAACUGAGAUUUUCAGACACCGUGCUCAACAGCACGAAUUGCUCGAGCAGCAGAGAUUGGAGGUGGAAGAAUUGCGGAGGAAAAUUAGGACUCAUCGUGUUGGUGAGCUGCAGACCGAGACCGUUUUGCCUUCGCCUAGUCCGCUUAACGAGGUUUCUUAUACUUCCCAAAAAACGAAAUAAAUAUUAUUAUUAUUCUCUUUUUUAUCUCAGAUUUGCCAUUUUUAGGUGAAUGGCAUUCGAAACAGGGAGCUGCCGCCAUCUCUGUCGUCAAUGACGUUAAAAUCGAAGAAUCUCACUUCGCCAGUCCGCAGCCGCGACAAUCAGUCGGCGCCGCCACGACCUUUGUAAAAGUUUCUUCAUUUCUCCUUUUCAUCUUUUUUUUUUUUUGAAUCCCUCGCUGAAGUUUUACUCGUUGUGUUUAUAAUUAAUUUUUAAUUCGUUGUGUUAUAUAGUCGUAUCAUGUCACAUAAUCCAUUGUUCAUUUCGACCACUUGGCUAAUUUUCCGAAAAGCAAAUGAUUUUUUUUCUGCAAGAUAGUUAAACAUAGCCCAAAUGUAGUCGAUUUGAUUUCUGUGCUUUCGAGUCCCCCGCCCAUCAUCUUUCGUUUUAGAAUUUGCCGGUGCAUAAGAGUUUUUACCUGUUUCCUGAAUUUUGGAUGUGAAUCAAUUUGCAUGACUUCUCUCGAUUUCGACGGUUCUCACGGGUUGCUCAAAUUGCGAGUACGUCGCCUUAUCCACGACUUUCCACAGUUCAUUCUUCGUCAAAUCGCGCUUCCGCGACAGUUCCAUAAUUCUUUGUUAUGUUUUAAGCGCCAUGAAUUUCAUCUUGUGCUCUUUUUUCUAGAAGUUGGGUGAGUUUUUGUCGUUUUUUCAAUAUUUCAAAUGAAGUUUUGCUUUUCUUUUUUCCAAUUAAGGAAAAACUCAUCCGACGCACAUAACUUUUGAAUUUUUAGUUACGACGUAGCUUUUCUAUUCCUAUCAAAUAUUCCCAUAAUUUUUGGUUGUCCUAUAACUUACUGUAUAUGAUUUGAGAAGCCUGAUUGCUUGUUAAAAUUAUCGAUUCGUUUUGAGGCCAUAUUGGCGUCUGUUUUUUUCAGCUCAGCUUUCCGAGAUUCCAUUAUUACAAAUGUGAUACUUUUCAACGAAACAUAGAUUGCUUUAUACGGCCUGUUCAUCAAACUUUUUUCACUUGGCAAAUCUUCUGUGUUUGAUUCUCCAUCAAGCUUUACUUUCCACGCUGGAAACAACAGAUGUCGGCGUGGACGUCAUUUUCCUCGCUAAAUUUCGCUGAAAAUGUUUUUGUGCGAUAAAAAAGUAUGUAAAUGGGUUAGCAAAGUGCAAAAAAAAGUAGCGGGUAGGAAAAGCGCCGAUGUUUACGAAGGACUGCGGGGCCUUGGUCUCGUCUUUCCGAAAAGCCGUCGAUUCCUUCGGUACACGCACGUCCAAGCAGUUUCGCGGAAAACGACUGCAGGAUGCCUUGGCUUCUGCUGCUUCUGUGGCCGCGAAGCUCCUCGGCUGCCGUUUCCACGGAACAAACCAUCGCUCCAGAAGCCAUCGCCGACCUCAUCGGGUAUUCUUUUGUCAAUUUUUAGUUUACUGUUUUUCUUUAAAGAGAUUUAUUCCAAGUUUCCUGUAGAAAGAUUGAUUGAAUUUCAUUUCUAGAAUAAGAAAAAAAAACAACAAAAAAACAGUGAUUUGGUUGACUUUCUUUUCAAACAAAAAGAAAUAUCAACGAAAAAGUUUACUGAUGAUGAGACAAUCUUCGUUUUAGAUAAUUUUUUUCGAAAGUCGCUAGUCUUAAGUUCUUUGUAGUGUAAAUGUUCAUAGGCAGAAAAAAAUGCUGAAAAUGAAUUGUUUUUCAAAAAUAUUUCACAUUAAAAGUUGAAUUUCAAAAUACCUAAACAAUGUUAUCAGUUCAGCAAUUGACAAAAGUUUGGCAUUGAAGUCCGAUUUUCUCAGAAGUUGAACGCAAGAUUUCUUACAUUUCCCUAUGAGAGAUCUUCAAAUACAGUUUGACAAUACAAAUUUUUUUUUCUCUCGUGCUGAAAUUCAUGACUUUCGAUUGUUCCUGUCAUUACAACUUUUUUUUGUCGAUGUAGAGUUUUUUCGUUUCAUCCAAUGGGCGAUAUCAAAUUCAGAACAGCUGUGAAACAGGAAAGCGGUGUAUCUCUAAUACUUUUGAUCGUGAUUCGAUUGUUUGUUCGUGCGAGUGUCACUUUUUUAGGGGCAAAGACCGAUAGUUCGGUCUUCAGCUUCCAAUCAAAGUAUUUAUUUCGGAUCGACUUUUGACCCACUCGUAGGUUUCGCUUCCAAAAAAAAGUCUGAAAUUCAAGCCUUCCACUUUAACAGAGGAAGAAAACUUUGCGUAGAUUAUGAAAUAUGAAAUUUCGAUACCUGUCAAAGCUAAAGGGAGCAGUUCAGUUUUUUCGGUGUGAAGAUUCAUAAAGGAUCAAAGCUUUCAGGCUGCUGCCAACAGUGGUUCCUCAGGCGAAGACAGGGGGCUGUCGUUGGUUCGGAGACGCGCCUCUGUGUCUGGAGACGUGUCCCUCGGACUACGACCUCAUCCGUCAGCACAGCGGCAGGUCGUUCAGUCUCUCUUUUCUGAAACAUCCUCUGUUCCAGAUGCCUCAAUGGGGCGUCCUGUCCUCCGGACGCCAGUUUCGGAGAACCCUGUCUCAAGCUGUUUGGCUAUCAACUGACCAAGAAGUUCUGCUGCAAGUGAUUUUUGAGUUUUCUUCAUUUUAACUCUUUCUCCGAAAUCUGAAACUUUUUUUAAGUUUUGCUCAUUCUUUGGGAAUAAACUUGGAAAAUAUUUUAGAAAAAAAAAUUUAUAAAAAUUGGGAAUAUACACCUGUGAAAGGGAAAGACAGCACCAUUCGUUCAUUUUCAAUUUUAUCGUGCAUUUCAUUCGAAUUAUGAUCCUUUUUUGAGGAUCAACCAGAAACUUGGUCGCUUUUCCAUGUGUUUGAAUAUUUUGAAGGAGCGAUCCUGUGGACUGCACGUGGUCCGGCAGAUGGAUGGGCUCAGAAGACGCAUUCAACUUCUACUGCAGGUUCCUCCAGGCUUCACCUCAUUCCAGAACCCCUUUCCCCCAGGUACGACUCCACCGUCGGGCGCUGCGGACGCCUCGAUUGCUCAGUGAACAGUCCCACGUUCAAAGCGCACAACUUCACAAUGAUAGGUGAGAGAAGAGAGAAACGUUUCAAACAAUUAUUAUUAUUAUAUCAAGAAGGGGAAAACUGUGACGAGCUGCGGAUGUGGAGUCUGCGCGGCAAGGCUUCUUGUGGCUACAUCGCCUGGUUCGACGACGUCGGCGGCCUCCGCAACAGUUGGUACAAAUCCCACUAG